CCUGGGCUGGGCGCCAGACUUCGGAGUGCGCCUGCGCCAAACCCGCGCGGCGUGGUUGCCUGGAUACCGUGACGCCGCGGUUCUAGUGUCUAGGUCUCUCUUGGCAAUGGCCAAAUUCGUGAUCGCAGGUAAAGCAGAUUGUCCAUAUUAUGCUAAAGCAGAACUUCUGGCUGACUAUUUACAAAAGAAUCUUCCUGAUUUUCAGAUACAUAAAAUUACACAACAUCCUGAGGUUUGGGAGGAGUGGCUGAAAAAUGUGUGUACAAAGAAUAAGUGGAGUCACAAGAAUUCUCCCAUCAUCUGGAGAGAGCUGUUGGAUCGUGGAGGAAAGGGUUUGCUUCUGGGAGGAUAUAAUGAGUUCCUAGAGCAUGCCCAGCUUUACUACGGGGUCACCUCUAGCAUGACGACCGAGAUGAUGAUGGUAAUUGCUCAGGAGAACCUGGGGACACAUACAGAAAAGGAGCAGGAGGAAAAUACCCUGAAAGGUCUCAUCAGCCCCUUGAACGUCUGGAUCACCAGUGCGUCGGCUCCCGCUUGCUACAACUUGCUUCCCAUUUUGACCAGCGGAGAAGUGUUCGGGAUGCACACGGCCAUCAGCAUCACUCUGUUUGACAACCAGCGCACCGAAGAAAGUCUCAAAUGCCUGGUGAUGGAGACCCAGGACCUGGCGUCACCCGUCCUGCACAGUGUGUCCCUCUGCACAAAGGUGGAGGAGGCCUUCCGCGAGGCCCACGUGGUCAUCGUGCUGGACGACAACACCGACCGGGACGUGUACUCCUUGGAGGAAUGUCUCCGAAGCAAGGUUCCCCUGUGCCAGCAGUACGGCCGCAUGCUGGAGAGAAAUGCGCACGACUCGGUGAGAGUGAUCGUGGGAGGAAAAAGCUUUGUGAAUCUGAAGACGGCUUUGCUUGUGAGCUACGCCCCAAACCUCGCCCACAAUAUUAUCACCGUGGCGCUGGGCGUGGAAGGUCAGGCCAAAGCCCUGCUGGCCAGAAAAAUGAAAACAACUCCUGCACACAUUAAAGAUGUGAUAAUUUGGGGUAAUAUCAGUGGAAAUAACUACGUUGAUCUGAGAAAAACAAAGGUUUACAGAUAUGAGAGUGCCAUUUGGGGACCUUCUCAAUAUUCUCGCCCUGUCUUAGACUUGAUUUUUGACAGUGAGUGGGUAAACAAAGAAUCUGUGGCAAUUCUUAACAACUGGACUACCACAGGAAAACAAUUUGGAGGCAUUCUGGCUGCACACAGUAUAGCCACUACAUUGAAAUACUGGCACCAUGGCUCACCCCCUGGGGAGAUUGUGUCUGCUGGAGUGUUGAGUGAAGGCCAGUUUGGUAUUCCUGAAGGUCUUGUCUUUUCUAUGCCUGUGAAAUUUGAGAAUGGAACUUGGGAGGUACUCACAGACCUUGAAGGUAUUGAAAUAAGUGAAAAAAUAAUGGCCAGAAUGACAAGUGAUCUUAUUCAGGAGAAACUUGUUGCACUUGGAGAUGUGUUAAUUUUUCAGCCAUACCAAUCAGGAAGAGGCAUGGUGCCAGAGCAGAGGAAAGAUGAGCUUGGUUUCUUACAUUUUAAUUCUGAAAUACCUGUGGGAUACCUAAAAUGGAAGCAUCACAUGGAAAAUAGCAUACUUCCUGGAGCUCAGAAAGACCUGGACUAUAGUUGUCAAGCUGGGAGUUGUUGCCUUAUAAAUAGAAAUGAAGCCAUGAGCAUGAUAGAAAUAAUCCAGAGAAAAAGUGAGAGAUAAGCUCUCAGUUUUAGGGGAACCUUAUAUGGGAACUCAGCCUAGAAGGGUUGAAUAGA